AUGUCGGCGUAUUUGACGCCUUCUGUGAAUCGAUCUGCCCCCUCCGAAAGGAGUGAGUGGUACACCCAGGUCAUUCUACUCGGCCUGCUCGGUGGAGCCCAUCAAGGUCCUCCGAGUUUGUGUUCCGAACUAGCGCCUGUCGUAGGGACGGACAAGCGACCACCCAAAGGUACGAAUGGACGGAAAUUUGCCAACGAGCAACCCCUUGCCGUCGACGGGGGCGGAACCCCCUGGACCGUCGAGAAGCUGCGCGUCAACAUCGAUGCCUGCCUGGCCUGCGAGACGACGAACCGGCGACAGUCACUCGGCAGUAGCGUGGACAGGUUCCCAGGGAGGUUUCGCGUUCCAGACAUGUUGGCAAAGUAG